ACAUCACCAUGCGCGCCGCUGUGCUCGUGCUGCUCGUUGGGGCGGCGUCCUCCUUUGUGGAGAAGUCCGAAUGGAACGCCUUCAAGCAGGAACACGGCAAGGCCUACGCCAACCCUAUCGAGGAGUUCUACAGGAUGAAGGCGUACGUCGACAAGCACAUGAAGGAGUAUGCCGAGGGAAAGCACACCUUCACGGUGGCCCUCAACAAGUUUGCUGACCUGACCACCGAGGAGUGGAGCCGCACAUACAAGGGCCUCAUCAGGGGCAGCAGCCAGCCCCACGAGACCCACCAGCCGACCGGCAAGCAGGCUCCCAGCAGCAUGGACUGGCGCCAGUACGGCGUGGUGACCGGGGUCAAGGACCAGGGCCAGUGCGGCUCGUGCUGGGCGUUCUCGGCUACCGGCGGCUUGGAGGGCGCCUGGGCGAGAGCCGGCAAAUUCAUGCUCCCUCAAAGCGAGCAGCAGUUGGUUGACUGCUCCCACACUUACGGAAAUCAGGGAUGCAACGGAGGACUCAUGGAUUUGGCCUUCCGGUACAUCCAGGCGCACGGCGGAAUCGAGUCGGAGGAUUCUUACCCCUACACCGCCAAAGACGGCACGUGCCAAGACUACGGCACCAAUGUGGCUCUGCUCUCCUCCUGGGUGGACAUCCCGUCUGGCAGCGAGAGCUCCUUGUUGGAUGCGCCGGCAAUGGGCCCCAUCUCGGUGGCGAUCGACGCCUCCCACCAGUCGUUCCAGCUCUACUCGAGCGGCAUCUAUAGCGAGACAAGCUGCUCGAGCUCCCAACUGGACCACGGCGUGCUGGUCGUCGGCUACGGCAGCAGCGGCUACUGGCUCGUCAAAAACUCUUGGGGCGCUGGCUGGGGACAGGGAGGCUAUAUCAUGAUGACCCGCAACGGUAGCAACCAGUGCGGUAUCGCCACCGAGGCCUCCUACCCCCCUGGCUUCGUGCAGGAGCUAGGUGACGUGACAGGCGAGGCUGGCGGUGCCGUCGAGGGUUUCAUGCCGAAGGACAAGGAGCUCAUCUUUAAGCGCUUCGGUGCUAUACAUCACCAUGCGCGCCGCUUGUGCUCGUGCUGCUCGUUGGGGGCGGCGUCCUCCUUUGUGGAGAAGUCCGAAUGGAACGCCUUCAAGCAGGAACACGGCAAGGCCUACGCCAACCCUAUCGAGGAGUUCUACAGGAUGAAGAUUUAUGCCGACAACAAGGCGUACGUCGACAAGCACAUGAAGGAGUAUGCCGAGGGAAAGCACACCUUCACGGUGGCCCUCACAAUGCUGCUCCACACUUACGGAAAUCAGGGAUGCAACGGAGGACUCAUGGAUUUGGCCUUCCGGUACAUCCAGGCGCACGGCGGAAUCGAGUCGGAGGAUUCUUACCCCUACACCGCCAAAGACGGCACGUGCCAAGACUACGGCACCAAUGUGGCUCUGCUCUCCUCCUGGGUGGACAUCCCGUCUGGCAGCGAGAGCUCCUUGUUGGAUGCCGCCGGCAACGUGGGCCCCAUCCCGGUGGCGAUCGACGCCUCCCACCAGUCGUUCCAGCUCUACUCGAGCGGCAUCUAUACCGAGACCAGCUGCUCUAGCUCCCAGCUGGACCACGGCGUGCUGGUCGUCGGCUACGGCAGCGGCUACUGGCUCGUCAAGAACUCUUGGGGGGCUGGCUGGGGACAGGGAGGCUAUAUCAUGAUGACCCGCAACGGUAGCAACCAGUGCGGUAUCGCCACCGAGGCCUCCUACCCGCGAGUCUAAGCGUUGAUGAAAGCUCAAGGUGCGUACUUGCUGAUACAAAUGUAAUGGUAGAACCUCGUUUUUACCACUUACUCGUGGGCACUUGUGGCCUACUCUGAAGGUUUGGUUUGUGCUAAGACAUUGCUCAAAAUAUACACCUAA